GUGCUCCCAAUUCUGUACAACACGUUCGCGACUCUUGUCUCUCUAUCGCGGAUAAAGCGCAUGCUUCGGCGUAGUCGUUUGACUGCGCUCACAAGAAGUGACAUUGUCAAUCGUGUCAUCGAGAUUGAGCUACCUCGAUAUGCUGUCAUGCCUCUGGAUAGGUUCCAGGACCGCUCCGAGUACUGGACUCUUUCAAGGCACCCCAGCUCCAUACCCGGCGGUAGUUGGACAACCUUCAACUGGAAGACCCAUUCUAUUGGAAUCAAGACUCAGCGCGUUGAGUAUGCUGACCAAGUCCGCCAGCCUCAGGUCGAGGUUGCCUUUGAUGAGCUGGUAUGUUAUCUGCUGGAUCUGGGAGCCGUACCGAACCCACAUGGCUGGAAAUUGCUUCGAUCGACAGGACUUUGGACUCCGGUAGGGUGCUCUCUCAUGAUGUCUCCGGAUGGCCGGGAAGACGCCCUGACAGUCGCGCUGUCAAACGACUCGGAUGGUAACCUUUCCUUGGCCGUGGCGUGGUCGAGCUCAUGGAUCACGAGGGAUUAUUCUAAUCUGCCACCAUACUGGGUGAGACUGCCGGCACCGCCUCAGAAACAAGAAUGUACCGAUCAAGGUGGAAGCUCCGAGGCCGCAGGUUCAUCGCGACGGGGGUCAGAGGAAGGCCUCGCCAAGCCAGAAAAGCCGGACAAGGGAAUGGACUCGAUCGAGUUGGACUCAAUCCACCAAGAAAACUCGCCUCAAUCUAACAAGGCCAUCACCUGUCAGAUUGCAAUGUCUGGCCUCGUCACAGCAUUAACCGAACAAACACAUUACGGCAACCAAAGCAACUUCAACCUCGAUAGCUUAUAUGUCGACCACUUGCGCAUUCAUCCCACAAAAUCGGCUGGAGUGUGGUUUGCCAGUGCAGCUACGGCCUUUGGAACCUCGAGUCAGACUAUUCUUUGGAACUAUAAGAUACCAGACGAGAUCCUCUACUUCGCCAGAAAAGAGACAGUGCCAUGCGGUGUUCUUGUAGUUUUGGGCAUGGUUGAUGAAUCCGAGACACCAGACUGGGCAACAAAGCACAAUGAUUACGGGGCAUCAAUUGACCAGUUUGCGAGGAGGAGCCAGGAACAGCGUGCGGCGAUGGCUGCGGAGGCGCGAAUGGCUCCUGCUCAGCGGGAGGCGGCAGUGCGGGAGAGAAUGCGCAAGGAGACGGAGCAGAGGAUGCAUGACAUGCGUGAUAAGAUGAGGGCCGACCAACAACGGCGCGACCAACGUAUGAUGGAGGCACUUCAAAGUCCCAAAUGGGAUACAAAGCUUGUUGCCGAGCACUCUCUCCAGUGGCUCAAGGCCAACGGGCACUGGGAUGCCUCACUGACGCUCAAGGGCGUUGUAGGCUUCAUGCUGCACCGAAUGGUUCUCAAUGGAGAGUUUGCUUCUAAUAUCUGCAGAAUGCUGGACUUGUGGAAGGCCUGGGGUGAUGUUGGGGGCAUGAGGCAGUCGGACUAUCAAGCCGUUCAAGAUGAUAAGCCUGGGUUUGCGAACGCGACGCUGCUGGUUGCUCUGAUCAGAGAUACGUCAACGGCUGCAGAGGGCACGGUUUCCAUGGACUUGCAGGAGUGUCUUCGGAUGUGGAGAAAGGUUCGCCUCGGAUAG